AAACGUGGUUGAAGUUCUGCUGUUUAUCCAGGAGUACCUACCUGAAGAAGAAGAAGAAGAAGAAGAAGGCCAUGUCCCGAAAAGGAGGCUCCGCCGCGUCAUUGCAAAAGGACGUACCAUGGAGGAACACAUCAGUCAAACCCCUCCCCAAAAUCCACCAUUCUCCUAUUCUCCGCGUCGCUAAUACUCCUACUUCCAAUUAUGCCCUCUUCAUCAUGAAGGAAUCUAAUCCAGUAGGGAACGGCUUAGCUGCAGAAGCUAUUGUAGAAUCAGCUGGGCCUGAUUGCAUCGUCCCAGGACAGAUUACUCCCGUCAGAUUACUUGGUCUCAAGGUAUGGCCCAUUGAGGUUAACCUGAAAUUUUUGGAACCAGUUGGAAGAGAGCUUAAGUUGCUUGGAAAGUUCAUGGAUGAUGCUGUCAACCUUAUGAAUAAAUCUUUCAUUGAUCGUUAGCACCAUCAACUUCCCAUCAUCGAUCUGCAGAACAGGUUGCUGAAUGUUUUGGGCUCAAAUUUUUGUUUCUUAUUGUUAUUCUUGCAAUCAAUGGAAGCCUAACCUGGAAGAGUGGCUAUAGUAAUCUCCCUUUAUAUUUUGUCCUCUCAUAAUAUUCUCUUGCUGAUUGUAUAAUUUUUCGUGUUUAAAUACAUACAACAAUACUAUGUUCUACGUUUCAAUAAAUGCUCAGGCCAAUUCCUUUA